AUGAAAGGCUUUAGUCAUGACUGGCGCGAUAGUGACUACUUGUCGGCAUUCAGAGAGGGCUAUCGUCCCCGACGUGCGCAUCGAAAGUCACGGACGGGCUGCACAAAUUGCAAGCGCCGUCGAAUCAAGUGCGAUGAAACAAAGCCUCAAUGCAAGCGAUGUCGAAUGCACGGCGCAGUCUGUGAUUUUACCCUUCCACCUAACCAAGCUGAUAGACGUCUGAGACUUUGUCCGGCGGGCACGUCACUUCAGUGGAAUGGCUUGUUGGCGUUCAGUGCGAUGACAGACAACGUCAGUUCCUUAUUGCAAGCUGAGCUAAACGACGCGACACCUCUUCUAUAUGGCUCUGGUGACUCUCUUGGGUCUCUUGGGCUAGCCAUGCUCUCCCAUUUCUCUCAGGUGGUAGUCUCAACACACCCCCCAGCCUUUGCCCCUAUAAAGAAGGUCCUGCGGGAACAUACCAUCCAAUUAGCUUUGACAGAACCGUGUCUAUUAUAUUCUAUACUGGCAGUGGCAAGCACACAUAGAGCACAGCUCUUACCUCCCGAUUCAAAACAAUCCAUUAUAGCCACUCGGUUUCGGCACAAGGCAGCACGUAUUUAUCGACACCAGCUGCAGUUACCAAUUAGCCGAGAAAACAUGGACAUGUUAAUUUCUAGCUGCAUACUCAUUGGGAUGUUCUCCUUCUCAGCGGAAGCAUCAAAUCCUCUCGACUCCUGGGUCUUCUCUGAUGACCCGAUCGCGAUGAACUGGCUCUCCGUCCAAUGCGGUCUACGCUGCAUGAUAGGACUCAUCGACCCAUGGUUAGACGAGAGCAUCUGGAAUGAGGCAUUCCAAGCAUCCAGCAACUACGAAUUCUACGAUGAUCAUCGAAUGGGCCGCGAAGACCUCGACCCCGAUCUGGCCGAUCUAUGCGACAUCAGUGACAUCACGACUGAGGAGACGAACCCGUUCCACUGGCCCCUUCGGAUGUUGUGUCCAUUACUGCGCAUGCCACGACAUAAGUGUGGGGCCACUCGCAUCACAAACUUCAUGGGUCGGUUGCAUUCUGACUUUGUCAAUCUCCUCACGGCAAAGGAGCCGCGUGCUCUCCUCAUUUUGUCGUACUGGCUAGCGCUGAUGUACACUUCUGUUCAUGAUUGGUGGGUCGACCCUCGAGUUAGGGUUGAAUGUCAAGCUAUAUGUAUGUAUCUUGAAGCUUGGGGGGAUAAACGAAUUGUUGAGUUGCUUGACUUUCCGGCGAGGGCUUGCGGGUAUAGACUAAUGGCUAGUUGA